AUGUCUGUAGUCGCUGCAGCUACCACAUCGGCAGCUCUAGCUCGCCAGUCUACACUACGUUUGUUCGCGACUCAAUAUGCUGCCUACUUGAGCGGGGUGAGUUUGCUCUCCACGUGUCUGAGAGGCACCGACAUCGCAUAAGGUCGCCCUGGAACAUCUGGUCGUGCAGGGUCGCAGCAAUGUCAACCUUCAUCUCUCUAUACAGCUAUCGUCAUCUUUUGCUGAUACCGAAAGUGUUUGCAUCGCUUCUACAUGCAGGACUCGGUCUCCCUUCUGACUGCAGACACGACCAUCCCACUGCCCGCUCUCGCGAAGGAGGUCGCUGAGAAGUCUUCGAAGGGUGAAGAAGUGCUUGGGCCUAAGGAUGCCGCAAAGGAAAGCCUAGAUUGGCUACAGCGCGCAGAGGCGGGCGAUGAAAAGGUCACAGAUUUCCAAGUGAGUGCCGCGGUGAGUGCCAUCGUCCCCAGCACGCUUGGAGGCACUCUGCUCGAGCGAAGCUGUGCGUGUCGUGCGGUUGACCUUCACAGCUGAGUCUUGCUGCACCCCAAGUCGCUUGAUGCACAUCUCACCAGCAGGACGUACCUGACGCCCGCUCUCAAGCCCACCGCCGCCGAUCUAGCUGUACUGUCCUUUGUACACCCUCAUCUGAGCGACGGCAGCUCCUCUGCUGCCAUUCACCACGCCUAUCCGGCCCUGACUCGCUGGGCGUCUCAAGUCUCUCACUUGGCUGGUGGACAGGUCCUGCCUCCAUUCGAACCUCAUUUUGAUGGCUUGCCGAAGAUUCAGAGAGUGGACUUGGCAGCUGAAAAAGCCAAGGCUAAAGCGGCUGAGAAGGAGGCCAAGAAGGCAGCGGCUGCUGCCACUGCAAGCUCAAGCGCAGCAGCUCCAGCGGGGCCAGGGGUCAAGGACGGAGGAGCCUCUGCUCCAGCAUCUGGCGCAGCCGCACCACCCAGUGAUGGAUCAGGCAGGAAGGAGAAGCCACCAAAGGAGAAGAAGGAAAAAGCCCCAAAGCCCGCAAAAGCGACACCCGCACCUGCCGGUCCACCUCAGCCUUCCCAGAUCGACCUUCGCGUAGGCAAGAUCGUCUCCAUCGAGAAGCACCCCGAUGCCGAUUCCCUCUACCUCGAAAAGGUCGACUUUGGAGAGGCAGAGGGUCCCAGACAGGUGCUAAGCGGUCUUGUCAAAUUCGUGCCCAUCGAAGAGAUGCAAGGUCGUUGGGUCGUGGGAAUUUGCAACCUGAAGCCCCAAGCUAUGAGGGGCAUCAAAAGCUACGCUAUGCUUCUUUGCGCCAGCAGUAAGAGCGUUGAGGGAGAGGAAAAGGGAGUGGAGCCUGUUGCGCCUCCUGAAGGAAGUUCGCCUGGAGACCGCGUGUGGGUGGAGGGCUACGAAGGAAGGGAUCCGGACGAGCAGCUGAACCCCAAAAAGAAGGUGAGUUGUAAACACUCCUGCCCAUCAGCCUGGGACGGUAAUGCAGCAGCCUAGCAAUCCUGACAAAGGCGCGCCUCAUCCUUUUUUUUGGCCUCUUGUCUGCAGGUGUUCGAAGCAAUUCAGCCCGACUACACUACGCUUCAAGACAGAUCAGCUGCAUGGGUUGGCGUGGGACCUGCAGACAGCGAGGACAAGGAAUGCAGACCCAGAAUCCUACGGACAGCCAAGGGUAUCGUCAAGGCACCCAAUUUCAUUGAAGCCACUCUGUCAUGA